AUGAUGGAAGAGCGGCGCAAUGCAGCGGGGCAAGCUAGGCAACCCCGGGCUGAACAAGAAGGGCCAAUCAUGCAACAACACGGGCGUACUGGAGAACCAAGAGAAGUCCGUGAAGCCAAAAAUCAGGGCAACGCGGCCAUCAGAGAUAUAGACAUAAUCUAUGGAGGUCCCACCGAUGGAGAUUCAGGCCGAGCGCGCAAGUCUCAUGAGCGCCGAUUGGAGAUCCAUGUUGUAGGGUGCAACCCGGAGCAAGCUAUUGGCCCAGUCAUCAGCUUUGGACCACAGGACCUGGAAGGAUUGGAGAUGCCCCAUGAUGAUGCCCUUAUCAUCAAAGCUAUUAUAGCUAACAACCGAGUGGUCAGAGUCUUCGUGGACACUGGCAGCUCUGUGAAUGUCCUGUUCAGGUUAGCUUUUGAAGAAAUACAGAUUAACACUAGUGAACUCCAGCCGGUGGCUACUUCUCUAUAUGGCUUUACUGGUAAUGAAGUAAGGCCCAUAGGUCAGAUCAAGCUGGCCAUAUCCUUGGGAAGCGAGCCAUUGGUCAGAACCAGGAGGAGCACCUUCCUCGUAGUUGACUCGCCCUCCUCUUACAAUGUCAUUCCGGGCUGA